AAUGUCAAUUGUCAAACAACAAUUUUUCGUGGUCUAAUUUGCCGUGAAUUUUUAUUAAAAUAAUAUAAUUAUAAAUCAUAUAUUUUAAAAAUAAGUAACAGUAUUGUGUUUUCUUUUAUUCUAAUGUUAUUUUAUUAUUGUUUAUAAGCUUACAUUGACGCCAUGUUGACUAAAAAUCGCUUGAGGCGUAAUGGCACUUUAACUAUCUUAAAGCAUAAAUUCUAUUGUUGAGUAAGGAUUUUUACGGAGUUAUGACGUGUAUCAGUGUUUAAUAAGUUAGCUGGAAACCGCUGUCGGUUAAAAAUUAUACACAAUGGAGGAGCCAAUGUUCCAACAACCAAAAAUGGAAGAUGUGUAUCCUUCGAAAAUAGAGGGACACUUCCUUGAUGCGAAGCCCCAGGAUCAAUACCCCCCAGCUAUGCCUGAAGAUUAUGCAAUGCCUAAAGAAGAACUCGCGUACCCACCUCCGAAGGUCGAAGAUCAAAUCAUACCAAGACCCGGCCCUAUGCCCAAUCGGCCCCCCACGAAAUUCAUAAGCGUCACCAGCUCAGCAUUAACCGAAGAACAGAGAGCCAUGUAUGAGUCUGUUCUAUCGACUUGGAAACCAGUUAUGUUUCCAAAACGGACCAAGCGAUACAUAUGCCAGAAGUGCAACAAGGAAUUCAAGAACUACCAAAACCUAUACCUCCAUACGACAAGGGUGCAUUCUUCUGAGGAGUCGGCGGUUAUUUGUGACAUAUGUGAUAAAACAUUUAAGAAUAAACACUAUUUAUACAUGCACCGGAUGAACAAACACUACUCCGACUCGGAGAAGUGCUAUUGCCAGUUCUGUCUCCAGGAGUUCCGGACGAGGCGAGCCCUACACAUGCAUGUUAAGCGUAUACACCCGAACACAUUGCCAGAAAUAAAAUGUCCGGAGUGCGGUAAAGAGUUCACCGUGCCGUACAAGUUGAGAUAUCACAUGGACAAUUGCCACAGACCCGACAAAGACAAAUACAAGUGUCAUAUCUGUCAAAAGUUGUACAAAAGUCACCUAAAUCUGAACAGACAUCUCCAUUUCCAGCACUCGCAAGUGGAGAGACAUCCGUGCGUGUUUUGCCCGAUGACGUUUAAAUCUCGACACCAUAUGAAACGGCACAUCCUAAACAUACAUCCGCCUCUCGAGUCCAAGGUGACCUGUCCCGAAUGCUUGAAGGAGUUCAAGAACGAUCAGUACUUAAAGGAGCACAUGCAAGUUCACACGUCCUUCGAGAAGAAGGUCAAAUGUGACUUGUGUGAUAAGUUCUUUCAUUCAGCGGUACGUUUGAAGAAGCACAAGAAAAUCGUGCACCCGAAUAAACCGAAGAUACGCUGCGAGAAAUGCGACAAGGAGUUCGCGCAUGCGCACUACCUGCGCCGCCAUAACAACUCGGUACACGUUGAAGUCGAUGAAAGCAACUACCAGCACGAAUGCGAUCAGUGCGGAAAGAAAUUCAAGAUCAAGAGAUACCUGAACAACCACUUGCAAAGACACGAGCAGCAGCACCUGAAACGCAUAUCGCAGAUGGUGAAAACGGUUAUGGACGACGGGGAAGCCCCACCAAAGACGGCGAAGAAACGGGGAAGGCCCCGAAACGCCAGGAAGGAAAUCGAGUUCAUAAAAUGCGAGCCGGUUUCCAGUUCCGAAUCGGAAUCCGGCGAAACGGAUUCCGAAUCAGAAUAAUUGUUUUCUUUAAACCAAUUUACUUAAAAUUUAGCUUAGAAUACGAGCAUUUUAAAUAAGAUACGUUAAGAUAUACCAUUCUUCAGAGGAACCUCAGUCGGGGUGCUAAUUGCAAGGUCAAAGCAAUAACUCAGAAAUAAUUAACCAAUUUUUUCAACUAGUUAAUGCUAGCUCAUUUUGAACGGAUAAAAGUUAGGGUAUAAUAUUUUUAAAUGGUAAUUAUCGAUGUUUAGCUAAGUAUCAGAGAGUUUGAGAAAUAUUUCCAGGGAUAAAUAAUGAAUUUGAGAUGGGGUAGGGGUGGAGUUUUCGAAGAUCGUUUCGACGUUCACUGAAAUGCAAGAAGGUUUUUGAGUUGUUUUCAGAGAGUCGUAUUUGUCGUUAAGCUUAAAACUAGUACUAAUUUCGCCAUUAAAUAUGUCUUUUAAAGUCUUAAAUAACGGUGACGAAAUGUCUGGAACUCUUAUUGAACCAAUUUUUUAUAACAUUUUAUGUAGUAACGGACGUUUAAAUAUUCUGAUGGCAUUAAAAUUCUGGAACAAUACGCGUUAUC